AUGAGAAUUUCGAAACCAUAUUUGAGGAGUACGUCCAUCCAGUGCUAUUUGUGUUUACUUCUGAAUAGUCAUUUCUUAACUGAGGCUGGCAUUCAUGUCUUCAUUUGGGGCUGUAUCAGUGCAAGUCUUCCCAAAACAGAGGCACACUGGCAGGAUGUAAUAAGGGAUUUGGAAAUCUUUGAAAAUCUUAUUCAAUCUAUACAUAUUGAUGCCACUUUAUAUACUGAAAGUGAUGUUCAGCCCAAUUGCAAAGUCACAGCGAUGAAGUGCUUUCUCCUGGAGUUAUGCGUUAUUUGGCAGGAGUCAAAUAACGACAUUAGAGAGGUUAUAGGAAACAUUGUCUUCCUAGCAAACUCCAGUUUACCAUCCAACGGGACUAUAACUGAAUCUGGAUGCAAAGAAUGUGAGGAACUGGAGGAAAAAAAUGUAAAAGAAUUUUUGCGAAGUUUUGUAAAUAUUGUGCAAAUGUUCAUCAACACUUCCUGA